UGAGAUGGUCAAUGACCGGCAUGGAUGUGACGCAGCGUACAGAGAGCAGAGCUACGAGCUGUUCAGUGAACAAGCAACGAACCUUAUCUGUCACAUGAAGCUGGUGAUUCACUCAGUGAAGAGGCACUUGGACAGAAGUGAUAGCCCCAUCUACAGGAAUGGCCUCCUGGUCCUGCUGAAACAGGUUCAGUCAUCACAGGCCAAAGUGGGUGAGUCAGUCAGAGACAUGCUUUUAGGUUCCUGUCUCAAUGUGGAGGUGUAUUCUACCUUUUCACACAGUGUUUCCACAGUCAUUCAGCAUUUUAAAGUGCUAAGAGAGGGACUGGACGGCCAACAGCAUCCACAUCUCCUGAGCCCACUGCGAGAGCGGGCACGUCAGCCUGGAAUCUCACAGUUACACUCACCAGUGAAAGACACCUGUGAACUGAAACUGGAUCAUACGAUAAGAGGUUAUGGUUCUCCUGUUUUGGAGGCUAUGGAGAGGGAUUCCCAUACCGAACAUGAGGAGGAGCACUCAGACGAGGAAACUAUAGAAGCGGAACUGGCUCAUAAAUAUGACAGUGAUGAUUUAAAGAUCCCAGCUGUCUCCGAUGCGCCCAAGCUGAUCCACAGGCAUCUUGAAUUUGACCUUUUACCCCUCUUGUAUGAAGUUGUGACUGUGACUAAAGAGAAGGAUGUGACACUGCUCAACCAGGCCUGCACUAGUCUUCUUGAGCUGUCAAACUAUUACGCUCAAGCUGCAAAGGAAGCCUUGGCCAUUGUUGAUGCGGUGGAUUGUCAAACGUUGGAAGGUUUUAGAGCAGAGCUGGUGUCACUGACUCCGCUGCUUGUCCAGACUGCUCAAGAGACGGCAUUGAGCUCAGCAAUGAGCACAGAGAACAUCUACAAACACAGCACACAGUUUUCUGACCUUAUUAACAACAUCAGAAAGGUUUUACUGCCAGUAGCUGGAGCCUGGUAUCAUGCUGUUUUCAAUGAGCUGCAGGGAAAUCCGUCAACAAUGGCAGCUACUGUUACACAGAAACUAAAUGAAGUGAUGAAUUUAUGUGCUGAUACAGUCCAGCUCUUGACAUCGUCUGAUUUGACCUCACAAAGUGAAAGUCAAGAAACAUUCAGUGUUUUACACAACAAGCUGAACAAAGCCCAGAACAACACGAGGUAUCUGGUCGAGUUCUCCACCUCAGUGGAAGGACAGGUAGAUCAACUAGAGGGACUUUGUGCCCUCUGGGGUCUCUCUAUUCAGAUUUUGCUGAAAUCACUUGACAAGAUUUUGGGAACAUCAGUGGCAGUGAACCAGCUGAGCCCCCAGAAACAUCUAUCAGUGUUGUCUGAGAACUCGCUCCGGAUCCAGGAGGCAGCAAGGAUCACCAGCCUAAAUUGUAAAAGUGCUUACAAAUCAAAACAGUUAACGGGAUGCCAGGACGAACUGAAAACACUGACUGAAGCUUUUCUUAAAGCAGCAGAAGAGCUUGACAUAACGCCAAGUGUGAUGCAACUCGCGAAAUCUGAAUUCUUUCAGAGACAUCUUUUGAUUAAAAUUAGAGUGCUUUCUGGUCAUUUAAGCAAAGCAAACAGGGAUUAUGACACUGCACUUCAAAAUAUGGUCAGCAUUGCCUGUUUUGCAGCUGAACACAACGCUGAAGAUGAAGAGCAAAAAUUUGAAAACGUGGCACAAACACUUUUUGAAAAUGUGAAAUCUGCUACCAAAAGAGUCGAGGACUGCUUAAACUACAUCCGCGACCCUCGCACCCGGUCUAAUCUGAGGUCCAUCAACGACCACCUGCCUUUUCAGAUUUCAGAUGUAAUCAGCAGGGCCAGGCUCAUGGUAGAGACUCACUACAUUUGUGACACGCUCAGUCUGGAUGUGCAGAUACGAUGCUGGUCAGCCAAAGCUCACUAUGUGGUGGAGGAGAUCAGGAGGCAAGAUGGGAUUCACCAAGAGGCUAAAGAGCACAUCAGGGCUGGUCUACAGGGAAGAACACCUGAGGUGUUCAAAGAAGGGCUGACUGCAAUCCCAUCUAAAGUCAAAGAAGUGGAAUUUCCCUCUGACACAGCAAUGAUGUCCUGGCAGAAAGGCAAUACAGAAAGUGUCGCUGCUCCAGAAACAAAUAUAAACAUGGCAGCUGUGGCGAAAUAUGGACCUGGAAAUAUGGAAAAAGAUGAUGGUGUCAGAUCUGGUGCAUACAAAGAAGCUUCUUCGCUGACCUACACCUCCCUUUUUCUAAAACAAGAAAGUGACAGCUGGGAUCCCAAGGACAACAGAAUUGUCCAGGUGACAAGGAAGAUGGCUAACACUAUAUGCUACAUGACUCAGUACCUGAAGAAGAAAGGCCCAAUACCAAAUAAAGAGGCGUUUGUCACAGCAGCCAAAGAUGUGAUCUCAAACUGCCAGUCAGUGACUCAGUUCAUCAGAGUCAUUGCCAACCACUGCUUGGACAAACAGUGUACGGUCGAACUGUCCCUCAUUGUUGAGCAGAUCCUCACCAUCACCAACCAGCUCAACAUCAUUUCCAGUGUUAAUGCUGUAACACCGGGGUGCAAAUCAUCUGAUGAGAUCCUGGUGAAGAACGCACAGAAUCUACUCCAGACGGUCCUGCGUGGGGUCCAUGCUGCAGAGACGGCCUGCAUCACAGGUUUGAAGCAGCCUGAGCCAAACUCAGAUGGUGCAGAGGCUACAGCUCUGUGCUUCCAGUGGAAGAGGAACCUGGAGAUGCAUCGAGCCCAGCAAACCUCUAACCUAGAGACUGAUGACUUGGGUUUGAGGAAGACCUCACCCCACCCUGUAGCGCCCAGUCUUGCCCCACCAGUUAAUGUACAAGACGGCUACAAGUACACAAGUAGUAUUUGUGUCUUGAGAAACACAUAACCUUACACUGAUCAGAUUUUGACUUGUUAAGAUGUGAAGCCUGGUCUUGUAGCACUUCCACAGAUUGUCACGUUCAAAGAUACUUCAGCAGCAUGGAACUAUUUGUAUUGGAACUGAUAUCUGUUAUUGAUAUUGGACAUGCACACUAAAACUUGACGUUUGGCUCUGAAGUAAAACUGAUGUU